GUGUGCUCUGUGUGUGUGUGCUCAGUGUGUGUGUGCUCUGUGUGUGCCGUGGGGCUGUUUGUGCUGUGUGUGUGUGCUCAGUGUGUGCCGUGGGGCCGCGUCCCGCCGCUCCGGUUGCGUUGCAGGGUCCGUGGAGCGAGGAGAGGCUGCUCCGGGACGAGGAGCGGGAGGACGCGGUGCUUCGUGCCCCGCCGUGAGCCGCGGUUCUGUGGGCGCUCAGGGCCGCAGAGCCCCGUGCGGGAUGCGGGGCGCGCAGUGACUCGCGGUACCGGCCAUGGUCGGUUACGACCCGGAGGCGACGUGCGUGUCCACGGCUGAAGCGGCUGCAGCGGGAUCAGCGUCCGGCUUCGUCACCCGGGUCCUGAUCAGCCCCUUGGACGUCAUCAAGAUCCGCUUCCAGCUUCAAAUCGAGCAGCUCUCCUGCAAAGCUCCGGGGGCCAAAUAUCACGGCAUCCUGCAGGCUGCGCGGCGCAUGCUGCGGGAGGAGGGCGUGCAGGCCUUCUGGAAGGGCCACGUUCCUGCUCAGCUCCUUUCAGUCGGCUACGGAGCAGUUCAGUUCAUGACGUUUGAAAGCUUGACCAAGCUGGUGCACAACGUCACCUCGUACAAUGCCCGCGAUUUCUUUGUGCACUUCACCUGUGGUGGACUAUCAGCUUGCACAGCCACUGUUGCAGUUCAGCCUGUUGACACGCUACGUACCCGUUUUGCUGCUCAGGGUGAGCCUAAGAUCUAUCACAAUCUUCACCAUGCAGUGGUGACCAUGUAUCGGACAGAAGGGCCUCGGACUUUCUAUAGAGGUCUGACCCCUACACUCAUUGCUGUCUUCCCAUAUGCUGGUUUCCAGUUUUCCUUCUACAAUAUUCUGCAACAGUUUUCAGAACGGAUGAUUCCAGAUGAAGGAAAAGAAGGAGGCAAUGUUAAAAACCUUGUUUGUGGCAGCUGUGCUGGAAUCAUCAGUAAAACCCUCACUUACCCUUUUGACCUGAUCAAAAAACGACUGCAAGUGGGUGGCUUUGAGCGCGCCCGAGCAGCCUUUGGGCAGGUGCGGAUUUAUAGGGGUCUACUGGACUGCAUAAGGCAGAUCAUGCGAGAGGAGGGCCCAGGUGGAUUCUUUAAGGGCCUUUCACCCAGCUUGCUGAAGGCUGCUGCCUCUACUGGUCUCAUCUUCUUUACCUAUGAGCUGUUCUGCAGCCUGCUGUGUGCCCUGAAGAAUGCUGAAAGCCCUAAGGGGAAGGAAGGCUGAAAGGGGAAUGUGUUUUGGCUACCCAGUGUUCUCCUGCAGGAGGGAAACUGAAGGCUUUGCUCUGUCUUUAUCGUGUUGGAAAUGUCAGAGCACCCGGAACUCCACCAGCCCAUAGGAAAUGAUGUCCUUUGUCCAAGCAGGAGAUGAAGGUGACUGCAGUUCUGCUAAAUGCACUGAACUGCUUUACUGGAAGCUGUUAAAGAGAGCACUUCUUUGUUCUCUCUCUCCCGAUGUCAGUAUGUGUUUAGUGAUUUGGGGAGCCAAGCAUACAACUACCUGGCAGAGGCUCUGACAAGACAGUUGGUAAACUGAGUGAAUGCCUGUGCUUGCCCUGGAUCACAGUUGGGUUCUAGUGCUGCCUCACCAGCACGAUGCUGCUGCUUGAUGCUGCAUUUGCACUUUAUUUUCUUUCUUACGGCCUGCAGUUCACAGCCUGUUCUUUUCUCUCUUGCGCAGGCAGCUCCGCUCCAUGGCAGGGUGGUGAAAGUAGGUGAUCAUUACGGUCCGAUUCUGUGAUUGCACAAAUCACGCCGUGGUAAUGGGGGUCCACCAAACCUGCCUGAGACGGGAGAACCCGCACACACAAAUUCUGUGAUGAAUGCGCUGUUUCCAAUAGCACUGAUUGUGUGUUUGAGUUCCUAGAUGGCAUUAUAGAUAUAUAGAUAGAUGCUCAUCCAGAGCUGCAUCUUUAAAAUGGAUGUUUGACAGUUAGCUCUGAAGUUGACUUUUUAAUUUGCAUUUAAGCUGUUACUGUGAUGCAGAACAGUGAUUCCAUCUGUUGUCUGGGUGGGUCUUUUGCAGCUGCUGUAAUCUGAGCAUCUGAGUGCAAAGUGCUUGAAAGCGCGUGGCCGCCUUGAUAAAGACGGAGCAUUAAAUACGUUGUUGUGA